UGGACACAAUCAAACAAAGCUAUAUCUAGCUAAGAAGGAUCAGUAGUAUCUUGGGAUUUUUUUCAUUUCUUCUAUUGUUUUUUUUUUCCUUUUUCUCCUUGCUUAGUAAAGAAGAAAAUAUGGGUUGUGUGGCAUUACUCAUCAGAAUAUUUCUCUUGUCUUUCAUAACCGUGGCUGUUCUUCCCAUGCAUGCAUAUGCAGCCACAACCAGGCAUUAUAAGUUUCACAUCAAGCUGAAAAAUGUGACAAGACUUUGCCACACAAAGAGCAUUGUGACAGUCAAUGACCAAUUUCCAGGGCCUCGCAUUGUGGCUAGGGAGGGUGAUCGCCUUCUCAUUAAUGUGGUGAACCAUAUUCAAAACAACAUUUCCAUUCACUGGCAUGGAAUUAGACAAAUCCGAUCAGGUUGGGCUGAUGGGCCUGCAUAUGUGACCCAAUGCCCCAUUCAAACAGGACAGAGCUAUGUGUAUAACUUCACUGUUGUAGGUCAGAGAGGCACGCUUUUUUGGCAUGCUCACAUAUCAUGGUUGAGAGCCACUGUUUAUGGUCCAUUAGUCAUUCUUCCCAAGCAUGGCAUUCCUUAUCCAUUUACUAAGCCUUAUAAAGAAGUUCCCAUCAUCUUCGGGGAGUGGUGGAAUGCUGAUCCUGAAGCAGUUAUUAACCAGGCCUUGCAAACAGGUGGUGGCCCAAAUGUAUCUGAUGCUUAUACCAUUAAUGGGCUCCCAGGCCCAUUAUAUAAUUGCUCAGCCGAAGACACAUUCAAGUUGAAAGUGAAACCAGGAAAGACUUAUCUUCUUCGGUUAAUCAACGCAGCUCUAAAUGAUGAACUCUUUUUCAGCAUAGCAAAUCACACUGUCAAAGUAGUUGAAGCAGAUGCUGUAUAUGUUAAACCAUUUAACACAAACACCAUUCUCAUAGCCCCUGGACAAACCACUAACCUUCUUUUAAAGACCAAACCCCAAUUCCCAAAUGCCACAUUUUUAAUGUCUGCUAGACCAUAUGUGACAGGUCUUGGCACCUUUGACAACUCUUCUGUUGCAGGAAUCUUAGAAUAUGAAUCUAGCAAUUCCAAAACUCACCUCUCAGUCAAGAAACUUCAACUGUUGAAACCAAUCUUACCUGCUCUUAAUGAUACUUCAUUUGCAACUAAGUUUGCAAACAAACUUCGAAGCUUAGCCAACACUCGAUUCCCGGCGAAUGUACCUCAAAAGGUCGACAAACAUUUCUUCUUCACAAUAGGACUAGGAACCAACCCAUGCCAACAUAACAAUACUUGCCAAGGACCUACGAACGGGACAAUGUUUGCAGCCUCAAUAAAUAACAUUUCUUUUGCCCUUCCUAAUACUGCCCUCCUUCAAGCCCAUUUCACUGGCCAAUCAAAUAGAGUUUACACUACUGACUUUCCAACUAAACCUAUAGUUCCAUUCAACUAUACAGGUACUCCACCAAACAAUACAAUGGUCAGCAAUGGAACAAAGGUUGUGGUUCUUCCAUUCAACACAAGCGUGGAACUUGUCAUGCAAGACACUAGCAUUCUUGGUGCUGAAAGUCACCCUGUGCAUCUACAUGGAUUUAAUUUCUUCGUCGUUGGGCAAGGGUUCGGCAAUUUUAAUCCCAAUAAAGAUCCUGCAAACUACAAUUUGGUAGACCCUGUUGAAAGGAACACCGUGGGUGUGCCUUCCGGCGGGUGGGUUGCUAUUCGAUUCCUGGCAGAUAACCCAGGUAUAUGGUUCAUGCAUUGUCAUCUAGAGAUUCACACAAGUUGGGGCUUGAAGAUGGCUUGGAAGGUCCUAGAUGGGAAAUUGCCCAAUCAAAAGUUGCUUCCCCCACCAGCCGAUCUUCCUAAAUGUUGAAAUACUUCCUAUGCUUAAAUAUUGUUCUUUUGAAGAAAACCACAAACACAAGCAAUUUUGUGUUAUUUUAACUUAUACUUUGCAGUUUGCAUUAUAUUUUUUUUAGAGGAAUUGGGUGUUGAAAGAGUUCAAUAAAUGUAUUGUUGAUAUAAGUCGGCGUGAAGAAAAAUAGUGAGAAGAAAGUUUGACUAUUACUUUUUGAUUUUGCAAUAAAACAACCGAAACAUUUCAACUUA